AUGGGUCAUGUGGAUAUUUCAGAAUUUCUUCAUAGAAUUGCAAAGGGAGGAGGAAGAUCAAUUCUUUCUCACUCCAUGCCAGCCUCAGGAUUAGUGGAAGCAAUUGCAUUUCCCCUGUCUCUACAAUCGGUUGAUUUGGUAGUGCAGUGUGCACAAUAUUAUGACGAAGAUGAAAGGAAGAUUAUUGGCACCUUGGGUGAUACGGUGUUAGAUAUUAGUCCUCAGAUGAUACAAAGAGUGUUCUGUAUUCCACAAUAUACAAAAUACGAAUGUAUUGAUUGGAUAGUUGCUAGCAACUAUUAUGAAAAUAAAAACAACAAAGCUUCGAAAUUCAUUAAUGAACGUCUCAUUCUUGAAAGUACUAGGAAUGUGAAAAAGUUGGCUAGAGGACAACAUAGAGCAGAAUUCAAAGAGGAAGCAAAAGAUUAUAUCACACUUCUAAGUAGAGUAUAUGAAAAUAAUCAACAAGUUCCUCCCCGAUCCAGUCCAAGCCAACAAUUUGAGGACGAAAGAAGACAACAACAAAGAGAAUAUAGAAGGGCAUAUCAAAGAGAAUAUCGACGAAGACAGCGAGAGGAGAAGACAGAUGAUCAAAGGGAAGAACUUCGACGGAUGCGUAAUAAUGCAAACAGAGAAAGAUAUGGUAGAAGAAGAGGAGAGAUAACAGUACAAGAAUUAGAAAAUGAACAUCGAGAAGAAGAAAAUUUCAGCACAAAUGGCCGACAAGGAAUUACAGAACAAUCACCGACAAAUGAGUAUGUGCUUGAAAGUAGUCCAUAUGUCCAGCAUGAUAACUUAAAUGAAAGAAUGGAAAACAAUGUAGACAAUCAUAGUGGAAUGCUUCAAAAUGUUCAAAGUGAAGAGAAACAUGUACACAGUAAUGAAGCAAAUAGACAAAUUUAUAGUAGAAGAAGAGCACAGAUAACAGAACAACAAUUACAAAAUCAAAUUCCAAAAGAAGAAAAUAUAAGAAGAAGGGAUUCUCGGCGUAAUUCACAACAAUUAUGUCUUUAUCAAAUAGAAAAUAAUCAACAAGUUCCUCCCCGAUCCAGUCAAAGCCAACAAUUUGAGAAUGAAAGAAGACAACAACAAAGAGAAUAUAGAAGGGCAUAUCAAAGAGAAUAUUGA